GGGGAGGUGAGCUCCUGAGAGGAGGGCGGACGGGCUGAGCGCCGUGCGGGAGUAAACAGCCAGCGAAGGCGGCAGACAACGGGGCAGCGCAGCCGCGGCGGGCGGAGACUCGCAGAUCGGCUUUUUUCCAGCGAACAGGCGGCUGAUGGUCGCGAGCUGCCGAGUUUUUUUUUUUUUUUUUUUUUUUUUUAUUCGUCUUCUCCGCCGUGAUCGAUCUGCUUUUCCGAGGAUAAUAGUAGAACCGCUGAAGCCCGAUCGCACCUUAUUUCGCGUUUUAACGGCACCCCGUGACGGGCUUGUCAGAUGCGCUCGCCAGAGUAACGCGCCGAAGACGGAGAUAUAAAGGGAGGAAAAAAAAAAGCAACAACAACAAAAAAGAAAAAACUCCAAAAUAUAAAGAGAGAGCGCUGGAGCGCGAGCGCGAGCGCGGCUCACUUAAGUGCAUCGCAGGCUCAAUUGCGGAGGCUUCACGUUGUGACCGCUGAAGACAUGGGUCUUGGGGUUCGAGAGCGUCGCUUUGCCAGAACUUCCUCCUUGCCGGUGCUGUGAUGAGCUGUGGGUGACGACCCCAACCCCCCCAGUGUGUGGCGAUGGUGGAACUGUGAAGCUCGGCCAGGCAUCGGUCAAGCUCCCCUCUUCCCCUUUCCUGUCCUCCCCCCCUCCCCCCAACCCCUCAACGUGACCUGUUAUGUGAGAAUAUGCUGCGCUUCCUUCCCCUCAAACUGGGUCGCCUAUAUCGAUGCCUGAAACUGUUCCUCGCCGUGGGCCUCUUCAUCAUCCUGCUGAUGAACACACACAACCUUCUGGCGUCCUUUCAGAAGAAUGAGCUCACCGACCGCCGCUUCAUCAACCUCAACAAGUGCCCGGCGUGUUUCGGCACCAGUUGGUGCCGCAAGUUCAUGAACGGCCAGGUGACCUUCGAGACGUGGGGACGCCUGCGCUUCUUGGACGUCUUUAACGUUAAGAAUGUGUUCUUUGCCCAGUACGGGGAGCCCAGGGAGGGCACGCGCCGCAUCGUCCUUAAGCGCCUGGGCUCAAGCCAGGAGCUGGCCGACAUCGACCAGAAGAUCUGCAAGCGGGCGACAGGCCGCCCGCGCUGCGACAUCGUACAGGCCAUGUACAAGACCGAGUUUGCCCGGCUCAACGGCGACGUGCGGCUGUUGACCCCCGACGUGGUGGAGGGCUGGUCUGACAUGGUGCACUGCCCAUCCCAAAGACUCCUGGACAGGGUAGUUAGGAGGUAUGCCGAAACCAAGGACUCGGGGAGCUUCCUUCUGAAAAACUUGAAGGACACAGAACGCAUGCAGCUGUUGAUGACCUUGGCCUUCAAUCCGGAGCCUCUAGUGCUACAGAGCUUUCCAUCGGACGAGGGCUGGCCGUUCCCAAAGUACCUCGGGGCGUGCGGUCGGAUGGUAGCGGUGAACUAUGUGGGGGAGGAGCUGUGGAACUUCUACAGCGCCCCCUGGGGGAAGCGCGUGGACCUGGCGCGGCAGCUGAUGGACAUCGCCGAGCAGCUCACCAACAAUGACUUCGACUUCGCCCUGUACCUCCUAGACGUCAGCUUCGACAACUUCGCUGUAGGGCCGCGGGACGGGAAGGUCAUCGUGGUGGAUGCCGAGAAUGUGGUGGUGGCUGACAAAAGGUUAAUUAAGCAAAAUAAACCUGAGAACUACGACGUGUGGUACGAGAGCAAGUUCGAGGAGUGUGACAAGGAGGCGUGUCUCUCCUUCUCUAAGGACAUCCUCUGCUCCCGCGUCACCGUCGACCACAAUUACUACGCCAUCUGCCAGAACCUGCUCUCCCGGUACGCCACGUGGCGUGGCACCACGGGGGGUCUCCUACAUGACCCCCCUGCCGAAGUGAUCCGAGAUGGACAGCUCGAGGCUCUGCUGGACGAAUGCGCUAACCCCAAGAAGCGCUACGGCCGCUUCCAGGCGGCUAAGGACCUGCGUGACUACCUCGAGCAGCUUGCCAAUGCGGCAGCAAGGUAAUGAAUGGGUCACCCAGGUGCUGUCGCCAUAGCCUCCCCUUGCAUAUCAACAAGGCAGCGACUUUUCCUGGUGGGAAUCAUGGGUGCGAAGUCAUCGGUUUUCAAGCUCCUCUAUUUUUGAUGAAUUCCUGUAGCCUGGAUUUUUU